AUGGCUCCCCCGCAGUCGCCCAUGCCCGCGUCCCCGGCCUGCAACGGCCACCAGAACGGCCUGCAGAGGAGGAGCCCCUUUCCCAGGGACGCCCCCGCGCAGGUGCGGGCUCGCCAGCAGCAGGUGAAGGUGUGGAUGCCCUCCGGCAAGGUGCCCUCCAGCAGGAGCUCGUCCGCCACGCCGACGCCCCCCACCCCGCGCCGCCGCAGGGCCGCCGGGAACAGCAUAGAACUGGGGCGCUCGAAGGCGGACUCGGACACGGCGAGCGUGAAGGUGGGUGAGACUUGUUACAGAAAAGAGAGAAGGAAGCUGGCCACAUUCGAAGGGAGCCCCCACUGA